AUGGUAACCUAUUUAUGUGCCGUUUUUGAAGCGUGUUUCGUGUUCGUUAAUGGAAAAUUUUGCAAAGAUCCAGAGAAAGUGACAGCAGACGAUUUCUUUAUUACAGGGCUUAACGUUCGUAAACAAACCUCAAAACAAUUAGGAGUACGUGUCACUCUCUUAACCGUAGAUCAAGUUCCAGGACUCAACACUAAUGCCUUAUCCAUAGUCCGCGUUGAUUUUGCACCAAAUGGCAGUCUAAACCCACCCCAUAUUCACCCUCGAGCUGCAGAAAUACUGACUGUCUUAGAAGGAACUCUUUACGCGGGUUUUAUUACAGGAAAUCCUGAUCACCGCCUUUUCGCCAAAAUCUUAAAGCCAGGUGAUGCAUUUGUGUUUCCACUUGGACUCAUUCACUUCCAGUUAAAUAUUGGCAAGACUCCUGCAGUCGCUCUAGCUGUAUUGAAUAGCCAAAACCCAGGAGUUGUUACUAUUGCAAAUACAAUAUUUGGAGCUACCCCAUCAGUAAAUCCUGAUGUUUUGACAAGAGCAUGCUACCCCAUCAGUAAAUCCUGA